AUGUCAGGUCUCGAUAUCGACAACUUGAAAAACAGCUUUCAAAAUGCUAUUAAUUUGUCAGGUUCGCCAGGAGCUGUUUCAACAUCUCCAACGCAAUCGUUCAUGGAUACCCUUCCUCGCCGCAUGAGCACUUCCAAGCACGCUAAGGUGCUCAAGCCAUUUUCCACUGGAGACAUGAAAAUUCUGCUCCUUGAGAAUGUCAACCAGACGGCUAUCGCAAUCUUCAAGGAACAAGGCUACCAGGUCGAGUUUUACAAGUCUUCGCUACCAGAAGAAGAAUUGAUCAAAAAGAUUGAGGAUGUCCACGCAGUCGGUAUCAGAUCAAAGACUAGAUUAACAGCCAAUGUGUUGAAACACGCUAAGAAUCUGGUUGUCAUUGGUUGUUUCUGCAUUGGCACCAACCAAGUUGAUCUCGACUAUGCCACCAAUCAUGGUAUUGCUGUGUUCAACUCUCCUUUUUCGAACUCAAGAUCUGUUGCCGAGUUGGUCAUCGCUGAGAUUAUCAGUUUGGCCAGACAAUUGGGUGACAGAUCAAUUGAGUUGCACACUGGUACAUGGAAUAAGGUUUCUCACAAGUGCUGGGAAGUGAGAGGUAAGACUCUGGGUAUCAUUGGUUACGGUCACAUCGGUGCUCAGUUGUCAGUUCUUGCCGAAGCGAUGGGUCUGCACGUUCUUUACUACGACGUGGUCACUAUCAUGGCGUUAGGUACUGCGAAACAAGUUCCAACGUUGGAUGAGUUGCUAAAGAAAUCCGAUUUUGUCACCUGCCAUGUUCCAGCUACUCCCGAAACCAAGAACAUGCUCUCAGCCCCUCAGUUUGCAGCUAUGAAGGAUGGUGCGUACGUCAUCAACGCUUCAAGAGGUACUGUCAUUGACAUUCCUGCUCUGGUACAGGCAUGCAAGGCUAACAAAAUUGCGGGCGCAGCGUUGGACGUUUUCCCACACGAACCAGGUAAGAAUGGUGCUGGCGCUUUCAAUGAUGACCUGAACAACUGGACCUCCGAACUUGUCUCUUUACCAAACAUCAUUCUUACCCCACACAUUGGUGGUUCCACCGAAGAAGCACAGAGCGCAAUCGGUGUCGAAGUUUCCACCGCGUUGACGAAGUACAUCAACGAGGGUAACUCUGUUGGUUCUGUGAACUUCCCAGAAGUUUCUUUGAGGUCGCUGGAUUACGACCAGGAAAACACCGUCCGUGUUCUAUAUAUCCACCACAACGUUCCAGGUGUUUUGAAAACGGUCAACAACAUUUUGUCCAACCACAACAUCGAAAAGCAAUUUUCUGACUCCAAUGGUGACAUUGCGUACCUAAUGGCAGAUAUUUCCAACGUCAAUCAAAGCGAUAUCAAGGAUAUUUACACUGAGCUGAACCAGACUGACGCCAAGAUCUCCAUCAGAUUGCUUUACUAA